CUUCCUGGGUGUGGAUCAGAUUGUGCAACCUUACCUGAAGCAGCAACAUCUCUUUUUGUCAGAUCUACUUUGCUUAGGAUUUCCAAGAGGAGUCAAGUGUCUUUUGCAGAAAGGUGUGAGUCAGACAAGUACAUAUUUAGCAGAUUUGCUUUCGUUCUUCAUUCUUUCAUCCAAAGGAAACUCAAGAGGGUUACACGCAUCAGAGAUUUACAAGAGAGGACCUAAACAUCAAAGGCAAAACAACUCGAUAAUGGAAGAACAAGACACUAAAAAACCCAAUGGUUCCCUUUCUGAAGAUGCUAAUGGCAGUUUCCACCUGGAAUCUCCAGAGAAAAGUAUUAUUGAUGCUAAGGACAUUCAGAAUGGACCUGGCUUUGAUCAAGGUGGUACAAAAACAAUCCUGAAAACCGGCAUAAGCCCCGGAGGAGUAAAGGGUGGCAGAGUGAGUUUUGGCACUGAGAGUACUGAAGUUAGGCACUCUGGUCGUACAAGCACCAGCUCUAUCAUAGAACCUGAUGAUGUCCUGUGUGAUUCGUGCAUUGAUGGCAAGAAGAAGGCUGUUAGGUCUUGUCUGGUCUGUCAGACGUCCUUCUGUGAAAUCCAUCUUAAGCCCCAUUUGGAGGGUGCUGCUUUCCGUGACCAUAAACUUUUGGAACCCAUUAGAGACUUUGAGGCCAGAAAAUGUCAGCUCCACAGCAAAACAAUGGAGCUGUUCUGUCAAACUGACCAAACUUGCAUAUGCUACCUUUGUAUGUUCCAAGAGCAUAAGAAUCAUACCACAGUCACUGUAGAAGCUGAGAAGUAUGUUAAGGAGACAGAGCUGUCGGAAAUUCAAGAACAACUUCACCUUCAGAUCCUUGAUGUGGAUGAUGAAGUAGAGAGAUGGCAGAAAGAGAAGGACCGCAUCAGGAAUUUCAUAACCAACCAAAAGUCAGCUGUGGAUCAUUGCUUCAAAGAUUUGAUAAGAGAGAUUCAAAGACAACAGGAGGAGGUGAAGGCUCAACUGGAGCAGAAAGAAAGGAAUGCAGUAGACCUUAUUGAGCAGAUAGUGGGUGACCUACAAGUGAAACGAGAUCAGCUGCAAGAUAAGCAACACGAUGGAGACAAACUUCUACAUACCACUGAUGCUGUAUUGUUUUUGCAGGAGUUUCAGGUGGUGAUCAGAAAUGCUCCCCCUAUCCCUCCAUUGCCUACCUACACAGUGGUAAUGGAUGGAGAAAAGCUAACCCAAGCCAUGGGCAGUUUGAAUGAGGAACUAGUGGUGAACUGCAGGAAACAUGUGGAGAAAUACAGCAAGAAUGAGGCACCAAAGAAUCUGGUUGAAAAGAAUGUUGAGAACAGGUACAUGAUGAAAGACCUUACAACAGACUGGGCCCCACCUUCUGACUAUGGAAGGUUCGGUGGACUUUUUAAUAUGAAAGGUGGUCGGCCAUCGUUCCAAUCGCCCGGUGGUGGACGUAGCCUAACUGACAGUGCUGCUGCAUCAAUGAAUAACAUGUAUACACAAAAAGGCAGCCCCCAGGUCUCAGCGUACCAGUUCUCCUCUAAUGUGACAUCCACAGAUGGUAGCAAUGUGCAAGACAGCAACCUUUAUAACAUGAAUGUGUAUCCAAUGAUGUCAAGGCACCAGCCAAAUAAGUCCUUGCCCCAAACAUGGAAAUCAGCUAAGCCAACCCUUUUGACCCAACAACGCCCUUUUUAUGUUAACAAGGGUAAUGCAUCAAGUACUGACACUCCAUGAAUGGUUAGGCCUCCACCCAUGGCGGAUUAUGGCGGCAGAUCAAGGAUGGUUACUUUUAACUAAAAGUUUGAAUUUCUGGGUUCGGGGGAGGGGAAAAUCACUAUCUUUGUCACUGAUAUAUCCGCAAAUCUGUCAGAGCACACAAAAAAUAAAAUUUCUAGGCAAACUUUAUUUUUCCCAACAGUAAAAAAGAAAAAAAAGGUUUUUAGAUUUCUUUUUGGUGUCUUCUGAGUUUAAGCUGCUUGGAAUAAAAUGUACAGUAUCUGAAACAUACUUUCUUUAAAUGCAUUGUAUAUUAUACAUUGUAGCAACAGUGUGUUGCAAACUAGGAUGAAUGUCACUUCUUAAUACACUGAGAAUAUCUUCAUGUUAAUCUGUGGGUUAGUGCAGAGACACAGGCUGUAGUUUUAGAAAAUGUUUCUAUUCUUGUUCUGUAAAAUGGAAUUACUCCUGUAUGCCAUGUACCAUCUGGUACCAUGCUUGCUUAACAGUAUGGAUUGUAUUUGUCACUGAAAUCAUGUAACAGAAGUUGACUCAUACAUUGUCAUACACUUGGUUCCACAUGGUUUAUUUGCCUGGUAACAGGAUAUUUCCCUCUGAGUAAGAUUUUUCUAAUUAAGCAGAUGUUCUUUACAAGUGUCUUUAAGAUAGCCAGCAGACAUUGCAAGGAAUUGAAUCCCUGGAACACUCCUCUACAUGUCAAGCCCAAGACUGCAAGGAUAUAGCUCAGAGAUAGAAGACACUGUCACUCAAGCUGGGCUACAAACUAUCAGCAGCUCUAGUGAGAUAAGCUAGAAAGCUGAUUCAGAUAAAUUUGGCCCAAAACAGCUGGAUUUCUAAGAAAUUUCUCUAAUUCAAUAGAAACAUCUUUGAACAGUCAUUAAGCCCCCUUGGUGACAUCAAGGGGCCCAUUUACUUAGUUCGAGUGAAGGAAUAGAUGAAAAUGAGUUCAAAUUUCGAAUGGUCGAAUAUGGCUACUUCGACCAUCGAAUGGGCUACUUCGACCUUCGACUACGACCUUCGACUUCGAAUCGAACGAUUCAAACUAAAAAUCGUUCGACUAUUCGACCAU